AUGACAAGACUUCCAGUUCUCUUCCUUGGACAUGGCAGCCCAAUGAACACCUUGUUUUCCAACAACACAUAUAACCAGGCUUUUGCCAAGAUUGCCCAGACUUUUCCGAAACCAAAAUCAAUCUUAGUUAUAUCCGCACACUGGUGUUCAAGAAGAACAGAAAUAAUGACAUGGAAGGAAGCUCCAUUAGUUUAUGAUUUCUAUGGCUUCCCACGUGAACUAUAUCAGCUCAAAUAUCCAUCACCAGGAUCUCCUGAAUUAGCCAAAAGAGUUUCUGAAAUUCUCAGUGAAUAUCACGUCAAACCAGAAGAAAGACGUGGUUUAGACCAUGGUGCAUGGUGUGUUCUUAGACACCUCUAUCCACAAGCUGAUGUCCCCGCAAUUCAGCUCUCAAUUGAUGUGACAUUGUCUCCAGAACAACACUGGAAAAUUGCCGAAAAACUCCGCGUAUUGAGAGAUGAAGGAGUCUUAAUCCUCUGCAGUGGUGAUAUUGUUCAUAAUCUUGGUGAAAUGGAUUUCGACAGAGCUGAACAGCUUUAUCAGUAUAAAUGGGCAGAUGAUUUUAGAAAGAAGAUCAAUGAAGCAAUAUUGAGUAAGGAUAAGGACACAUUGGUCAACUUCGAAAAUCUUCCUUUCGCAAGAAAAGCAGUUCCAACUCCGUCUGACCACUAUUUGCCAAUUAUCUAUGCAAUGGCACAAGCAACCGAGAAAGAUAGAAUUGAUAUCUUCAAUGAUGACAUUGUUGGUGGUUCAUUAUCAAUGACCUCCGUUUGUAUCCAUGAAUAA